AUGAUGAUCUACAACAAGCCAUUAAGCUCAGCUGCUUUCUUGGCUGGGGGGAGCCUUGCUAUGGCUAUGAUCCUGUACAUAUUCCGGAAGAAGAGCAAGUCAGCUACCAGCCUAGCCACGUUCACUCUUGGCAAGGCAAAGCCUAAAACCAAGGUGAUGAAAGGAGUAGUCGAACCUCCGAGCAGGACUGCUUCGAGUGAGCUGACCGGGCCCGUCAUCUGGGUGCACUUCGGUAGUCAGACUGGAACAGCUGAGGAGUUUGCUAAGAUCAUAGUGAAGGAGGGCAGGAAGCAGAGGAUGAACAUGAAGCUGGUCGAUCUUGAGAAGUUCGACGCCUCUCGCUUCCCUGGUUCCUUCGGGAUCUUUCUUGUCGCUACCUACGGGGAAGGAGAACCUACGGACAAUGCGAAACAAUUUUACCACUGGCUGCUGGAAAGGAGUGGGGGCAAUUCCUGCUCGGGGAUGCAGUAUGCUGUCUUUGGGUUGGGAAACACGCAAUAUGAGCAUUACAACGCUUUUGGAAAGCUGCUGGACUCGACAUUCGAGAGGGAGGGAGGGAAGAGAAUGCUGAAACUCGGUCUAGGGGAUGAUGACAAGAACAUCCGAGAGGAUUUCGAAGACUGGGUGAAGAAACUGUGGCCAGCCCUUUCAGAGCAUCUAGGGCUGGAGCAAUCAAGCCAACAGUGGAUGGAUGAGGGAGUCCAGUACAAGAUGCAGGUGAAGGCUCAUGGAUACACGAAGCCUGCGACCAACGGUUGCAGCUUCCAGUCAUCCAACGCGCUGGAUGCCGUGCAUGUGGAGACGCUGAGGGUGAGGGAGAACCGGGAGCUGAACAAGGGAGGAGAACGAUCUUGCCGCCACGUGGAGUUUGACAUCUUGGCUCCCGCUGUGGGGUAUGAGACCGGGGACCACCUAGCUAUCUUCCCUGAAAACGACAUGAGCAUGGUGAAGGCACUUGCGGCUCGGCUACAGGUGGAUUUGUCCUUGUACAUCACGGUGAAAGACUCGGAUGGCUUUUCUCCCUUCCCAUGCCCUUGUACAGUAGAGGAAGCCUUUGCAAGGUAUCUUGACAUCAACUCACUCCCGCGGAAGAGUUUCCUGGUGGCUCUUGCUGAGUUUGCACGUGACGGAUCGGAAAGAGAGCGAUUGUUGAAGCUAGCUUCAAAGGAGGGACAGGAUUUGUAUCACCAGUAUGUUGUGUUGGAGACUCGCAAUCUUCUGGAUCUCUUGAACGACUUUCCAUCAGUGCAGCCUUCGCUGGAGUGCCUGGUGGAGCUGGUUCCUCGCCUGCAAUCGCGGUACUACUCCAUCUCUUCCUCCAAUCUCGUGCAUCCUCGGUGUGUCCACGUCACUGCAGUGGUCGUGGAGAAGAAAUAUCAAGACGGAAGGUCCUUCCAUGGGGUCUGCACGAGCUACCUCAGGCGCCUGCACCAGGGAGACAUCGUCCGAGCUCAUCUGCGGAAGACAAACUUCAAGCUCCCAAGGGAGGUCUCGACCCCGGUGAUCCUUGUCGGCGCGGGGACAGGGAUCGCGCCAUUGCGGGGGAUGUGCCAGGAGUUGGAGCAUAGGAAGCGCAUGCUAGCUCCGAUCGGCAAGAAUCUGCUAUUCUUUGGAUGUCGUCGACCGACCGAGGACUACUUGUACGAGGAGGAGAUAGGAGGGUGGCUGGAGAACGGGACUCUCAGCCGUGUACAUACAGCAUUCAGCAGGAGCAACGACACGCUCGGUGGGGGCAAGGUAUACGUCCAGCAGAGAGUGGAUGAGAACGCAAUCCAGCUUUUGUCCCUGCUGGAUGCUGGUGCCUGCAUCUACGUCUGUGGCAGCACGGCGAUGGCGCGGGAUGUGAAGCGCGUUCUUUGCCAGUCGCUGAUCUUCUUGAGGAGGAUGAAAGGGAAUGGAGCUGAGGCCUUCCUGGAAGACCUUGCGAAAGAGGGCAGAUACCAUCAAGACGUGUGGACUACAUGA